AUGAAUCAACCUUUAGUAUUUAUGCAUCGUUCAAAUUGUCACUCCACAUUUGAAAACAUAGAUAUAAUGCGUAAUAAACUUCGGCAAAGAGCUCAUGUUACCAAUGCAUGUACACAUUGUAAACAGAUACGAAAAAAAUGUUCUGGUACAGCUACUUGUUCAAAUUGUAGAAAACGAAAAGUUGAAUGUAUCUUUGUUAAACCAAAUGAAAAACGUGGACGUAAACCAAAACAAAGAAUUUCUAAUUAUUGUGGUGAAUUUAGUUAUUUUAAAUGCGAUUUAUCUACACAUACCACGCCACAAACACAAACUGCUACCAACAUCUUAUCAGACGAAUCUCCAACUGAUAUAAAGAAUGCUAUUCCAACGGUGUAUGAAUUAUCAACUCAUCCUGGACUCCCUAAUAUGCCGACAAAUAAACCAAAUCAAGAAAUUUUAAUAAACAAUAUCGAUAAUAAUGAUUCAAAAUCAAAUUCUUUACAAAUUAUUGAACAUUCGUUUCCUCACCCUUCUCCCCCUAUGAAUUUCAUAUUAAAUCGAAUAACUUCAACAAACAAUAACAAUAAUAAUUAUUCAGCAACAAUUAUAGACAAUUCAUUAUCAUCUAGCUUUAUUACAUCAAAUCAAUCAAUUUCAAUAAACAAUGAACAAGAAGCUGACAUAUUAAUUUAUUCACAAGAUUAUCCAUUUCACAAUUCCUCAAUAUCAGAAAUUUGUGAACAUAACAUUACCAGCAAUCCUAUUUCUCCAAGCGGAAUUUACAUGGAUUGUCCACAUAUACCAAUUAUAGAAUUUGAUUCUUUUGAAUUAGGAAUUUGUGAAUACCGAUACUAUACGAAUGAUCCGACACAUCAAAUCGAGACAAACAUGAGUUAUCCGCAGCAACCAACUUCGCAAGUUGAUUCUUUACAGUUAGGAAUUUAUGAAAAUAGCUUUACAAGUAAUCCUUGCAACUUAAUAUCUUCAUCGGAAUUAUUGGAUUCGACAAAUAUACAACAUUUCGAUGACGAUUCUGUAAAUAAUAAUUAUUGA